AUGGGGACUUUGGAGUUGUCAAGAUCGACAACCGUGAACAGUGAUGAGGGAUAUUUAUCUGAUGCGAAGCUGGUGUAUGCCCAGCCCAGGGAGGAAAAGGGUUUGAUCCUGUCAGUGUCUUCACAGAAGGGGUCGAUGGAGUUUGUGGAGGCAAUUGUUUCGUUGUCUUGUGAUGAUAGGGCUGGGGUCUUGGAGGAGGGUAGUGAAGGGUUAAAGGGGUCAAUUUCUUCUGUGGAAGAGGUGCCCUGCCUUGAAUGGCCUUGUAACUCUUCUGAUUGGGUUCUGAGGAAGGUUGAAGAGAUCAGAGACGUUGUGGGGAUUUCUUGUCAUGGAUUUGAAGAACAUUUUAGAGCUCUUCUAAUUGCUAUAGAAGCGGGUCAACCUGCUUUGGCCAAAUCUGCUGCAAAAAAGGAGAGGGAACUUAAAAGGUUGGAGUGUUCUAUCACCUACAAGUCUAAGGAUGAGAGUGUUUGGAGGGAAAAAGAUUUGCCUUUGGUGGGAGGAGAGUAUUCUUGGUCUAAUGGCAGAUCUUCUUCUAGGUUGGAUAGGUUUCUGGUCUCGUCUUCUUGGGAAGCACAUUUUUCUGGUUUGACGCAGAAAGUUUUGCCGAGACUGUGUUCCAAUCACUUUCCCAUUAUGUUGGAUUGUGGAGGAAUUGUGAGUAGAAGAAGUUAUUUUAAAUUUGAGAACAUGUGGCUAAAGGUUGAAGGUUUUGGGGAAAAGGUUAGAGGUUGGUGGAAUUCUUAUAAUGUUUCUGGCACUCCUAGUUUUGUUUUGGCUAGAAAGUUGAAAUUGCUUAAGAUAGAUUUGAUGAGAUGGAAUAAAGAGGAGUUUGGGUUGUUGGAUACCAAGAGGAAGCGGCUUAUGGAGGAAUUGCAAUCUUUGGAAGAGAAGGAGGUGCAAGGGUUGUUAUCGGAAGAGGACAAAAUCAGGAAAUUUGGGGUGGUUUCUGAUUUGGAAAAUUUAGCCUUAAUGGAAGAGAUUUCAUGGAGAUAUAAUGCGAUUGAGGUCCUUUGUGAUGGGGACAUGUUGAUUACGGAUGAAGAAGAUGUUAAGGCCCACAUUGUGAAUUUUUUUGAGCAGUUGUUUUCAGAAAAGUUUUCUUGGAGACCAAAACUGGACAGCCUUGCUUUUGACUCUAUAGAGCAGUUGGAUGCUGAGUGGUUGGAAAGAGAGUUUGAAGAAGAAGAAAUUCUAGAUGUGGUAAAAGGUAUGGACAAGGAUAAGGCUCCGGGUCCGGAUGGGUUUACUUUGACAUUUUUUCAAGAGUGUUGGGAUGUUGUUAGAGAUGAUAUCUUGAAGGUGUUUGCCGAGUUUCACUCGUUUAUGAAGUUUGAGAAGAGCUUGAACACUACUUUCAUUGCUCUUAUUCCGAAGAAGGCAGGGGCUGUGGAGAUAAGAGACUUUAGGCCUAUUAGUUUGGUGAAUGGCAUUUAUAAAAUUAUCUCUAAGGUGCUGGCUAAUCGUUUGAGUAGGGUGAUGGAGAGGAUAAUUUCACCAUCUCAAAAUGCUUUUGUGAAGGGUAGGCAGAUUUUAGAUUCUGUUUUAAUUGCUAGUGAAUGUUUGGAGAGUAGAUUGAAGGUGGAGAAAGCUGGUAUUCUUAUUAAAUUGGAUAUGGAAAAGGCUUACGAUCAUAUAAGCUGGGAUUUUCUUGAUUAUUUAUUGAGGAGAUUUGGUUGUGGUGUUAAAUGGUGCUCGUGGAUUAAAAUGAUUGAGAAGGCUGUGGAGGGUAAUUUUCUGUCCAGUUUUGUGGUGGGUAAUAAGAUUAGGAAUAGUUUAAAGAUCUCUCAUUUGUUAUUUGCUGAUGACACUUUGAUUUUUAGUGAGCCUGAUUCGGAUAAUAUUCGUGCUUUAAGAGCACUUUUGCUAAUUUCUUCUAUGUCUUUGAGGUAUCUUGGGCUUCCUUUGGGAGCCUCUUUUAAAGCUGUCAACAUAUGGGAUGGGGUAAUUGAAAAAAUUGAAAAGAGAAUUGCCAGGGAUCAUAAUGCAACUAUUUAUGAUUCUUACUGCAAUAGUAACAACAAGGUUGAAUGGAAUAUUAUUUUUACAAGGGACGUUAAUGACUGGGAAGUGGAUGAAGUUAAGGCUCUGCUGGUUAAACUCUACAGUUCAAAGUUGGUGCUUAAAAGAGAGGAUAGUAUGGAGUGGAUUCCUGCUGGAAAUGCUAAGUUUUCAUACCUUGAUCUUCCAUUGAGGGCCCCUCAUAAAUCCAAGGUAAUAUGGGAUGGUGUUAUCGAAAAAUUUGAGAAUGGAUUGUGGAAUGUGUCAUUUAUCAGAGCAGUUCAAGAUUGGGAAGUGGGAGAUAUUUCUGAUUUCUUUAGCACCUUAUAUGCAUUGAAUUUGGAGUGUGGUGUGGAGGACAAGUUGCUGUGUAUACACCCCAGGAACAAGAAUUUCUUAGUUAGAUCUCAGUACAAUGCUUUGUCUACCCAUUUUUCUACUCUUUUCCCUAGGAGAAGCAUUUGGAAGUGUAAAGUGCCAUUAAAAGUUGCUUUCUUUGGUUGGCUGGCCUCUCAUGGGAAACUUCUGACCAUGGACAAGUUGAGGAAGCGUGGUUUUUUUUAUAAUAGAUUGGUGCUUGAUGUGCAAAAGGCAUGGCGAAUCGACGGACCAUCUACUUCUCCAUUGCGAUGUGGCGAAUUCUCGAUGGGAUGA